AUGGGUGGAGAGUCAGAGCACGGCAGCCCUUGCGGCCUGCAGUGGGAGCUGGUGCAUAGCGACGAUGAGGUCGUCAUGGAACUUGGGCAAGACCUUGCUGAAUCUGCGUGCGACACGGAAGCAUCGGGCGUUGCUUUCGAAAUGCCGCCGUGCCAGAUUGACAUGGAUGGCCAUCCUGGUGUGUCCUUCGAGGAUGGCCUUGACAAUGUCAGCUUGGAGUCCAACGAGUGGGUCCCAGGAAUGAACUGUGGCUCGACCAUAUGUUCGCUGAGCCCUGCUCUCCAGCAGGCACAGGUGCUGAUAGUUAACACGGUUGCAAAUAUCAAGAAGCUUCCGAAGCAGCUGACAAAGGAUAUGCUCUGCGGGUUUACUGACAUCAAGGGCAGCACUGGCAAGUCAUACACAGAAGUGCUGGCAGCUAACCUGCUGGGACUGUCACGGCAAACAGUUUCAAGAUGCUGGAGGGAUGUGGAAGCCAAUGGUUGGACGCCCAUUCAUCGUGAACCAUUACAUCCAGAGCGGAAACUGCAGCCAAGCAAGCCAUCGCACACGGUGGAUACGGAGGAAUCCCGGUGGCAGCCAAGCAGGCCAUCGCACACUGUGGAUACGGAGGAAUCCCGGUGGAGGAAGAGCGCCACGGUUUGCGUCCGAACUGCCAUCGGCUGUGCUGUGGAAGGGCAGUCGAGAACAUCCUUCGAGCGUGAAGUGGCACGGCUCCGGCUUUGUGGCGUGGAUGUGGACGGCGCGAUGUGCCACUCACGCAAGUUCUGCGUGGAGGUAGAAUACUUGACAAAUCAGGUUUUGCAUAUGAUGAACGCCAACGAUUGGUGCUCUGUUCUCGGAGGCUUGGGAAUUGAAUCUGAUUUCGCUGUCAUGGCCGACCCAGUUUCAUUAGGAAAGUGCAGUGCCUUUCCCCGCAACGAAACAGUCCUAGUCGCCAAUCUGACCAUCGUCAGCGCAGAGGAUGGCUCUCUUGUAACCCCGAUGCUGGACUACCGAACGCUCGGAAUUGGAUGCCACAGCGGCUCUGAGACGACACGACUGCUUCUGGAGAUGCUAUCGCAACAUCCCAGUAUGCUGGAUCUGCCCAUCUUGAAGGCUCGAUUGGCCAUGAUUGAUGGUGACGGGCAAAUAGUGAAAGGGGGUGCGCAAGCCCGACAUUCCAGUGGCGGUGCCGCCGAGUUGCUCUGGCAGCGCGUGCAUCCAGAGGCUGAGCCCGACUCUUUGGUCGUGUGCACACGUUGGGACGACUUUCACAGGAGAGUGGGAGCCACCGGAGCCGGUUUGAGGGGCCCCGGAGGGACCCGGAAGGUCGUGUACCUGAGCGGAGCUCCAGGUGGUUUGAUUUCGAACUACCAGAUUGUUCUUCUAUGUCUUCAUGGUAAAGUCGCAUGGAAGAAAGAGGGCAAAGGCAAUGUUUCGCUGACCAGCCUCUUUGAAGUCGGCCGGCGUCUUCAAGAGCCCUCCUUCGUGUUCUUUUUGGUCGGGUUCGACGUGGCACUGCUGAAGAUUGUCCGGCCCUUCGCACUGAUCGUCCAGAAAGCGGAAGAGGCAUCUGUGGUAGAGAAAGCCAGACGUAAUAUGGAAGCUGCUCUGGAGACAAUGCAGGAAUCUUUUGCCAAAGUCAAAAUCAUGCUUGGCGCAGUGGCCUGCUGCAGACAAUAUGUGUCCUCUAAAGAGUUGGCGCGCUUGAUGUCUGCGUGUCGAUAUACAUCGUGGGGCAAACCUGUCAGAUCCUUUAUCUUGCAUGCCAGCAAGGUGCUGUUCAACAUUCCUCCAGAAUUUCAGGGUUGCAAACUGCAAUUGAACGCGCAGCUUGCCCCUGGCAUGAUGAGCUUGGGAGGUCAUUGUCAGUGCUUGGCCGCGGAAGAACACUGCCGAAGGGCCAGGCGGCGAGCAGUGCCGGAGAUCAGAAGAGUCAAGACCAAGAUCUAUGUUUUUCGGCGGGGCCGUCGCGUGCAGAAGACAGUGAGUGUGCCAUUGUGGACCAUGCUUGAAAUCCAGAAGGAUGCCAGUUUCUUUUGCCCAAGGCAGCAGCUACGCGACACCACAAAGAACUCCGUGCUUGGGAUGGACUACUCAGACAUGUUUCGACCACGCCUCCCGCGAGCUAACUGGCUUGGGAGCCGGUGCCAGGUGCCGAACGGGGUGUUCCAAGCUCAUGCUGCAUGUGUACAGGCGAUUGAGGCACUCAUGGAAUUCUUGAAGUACGCGAAAGAAGAGGUGGAUGACAUCUUCUCGGAUGUUGGGAUGAAUUCCGACAUGCUUUCCCUACUGCGUGCUGGGGAGGUGGCUUUUGAUUGGACGAGCUUAUUGGCUCAACCGCCCACCCGAGCAUGCCUAACAGCAUUUGGCCGACUCGUGGAGAUGUUCAAGCCUUAUCUUGCCAAGGGUCGAUGGCCCCACGGCGAUGCUUUCCAGAAGGUGCCCCAGACAUGGUCCUUGCAGAAGCGGGAGUUCACGCAGCAAUACGAGCUGCUGGUGUCCAGAGUCCGUCAAUGCUAUGAGGACACCUUGGAGAUGAACGGAAACAGUGGCGUGCCAGCGCAAACCUUGCGCAAAGCAAUGAGCUGGUCCUCCAUUUCUGGUUACAUGGUCAGUCCAGUGAACAGUUUCCCUGGACUUCGUUGGACUUUGGGCAAAGCUCUCCGUCUGCCUGGCAACAGCCCAGCAAUGGCUUAUGUUGCCUGCACAGUCUCGCAAUUCUUGGGAUCUUGGAAUGGGCACCGGCUCACAAAACAGGAUACCCGGAGAUUCGAGGUUUCUGAGCGAGCAGUGCGAAAGUACAUCGGGCCCUGCACAAGCAAGAGACGGAUGAAUGUUGAGGCAGAUUCAGGUUCAGAUUCAUGUCGAGUGGGCGUCCUUCAGGCCCCACGGAACCUAAAGGGCAAGCUUGUCAUUCUCGAAGAGCCUUUGCGCAAGGUCGACCCGUCAUGCAUCGCGGCAUCUUUGGAUACAGACCCAUGGUUCAGCCUCGGAGACUCGCAUUCGCCCCACUCCUGGCACGAGACCCUCAUGGUGCGUGUGAUGUUGCAGCAGGCGCAUGUCUCAGUCACAGGGCACAGCAGAGAUGAGCUUCUCGUUCGUGCGGUUGUCCACCUUCUGGAGAGGACACAUGCCAGGCUGAAAAAAACUUCAAGACCAAAAGAGCUGAGUCAGGUUCAAGCACUGCAUGCGCGCAUUGAGAACUCGGGUCGCUGGCACAGCAGUUUCUUCGAUGGAUGCCAGGGCCAGGACGCCUUAUCCCUGAUCGAGCCUGACAGUGUCUUACAGCGGGCAAAGUCCGGCCAAGCCGUGCGACAGUUGGCCAAGGACGCUCUAGCAAGUGGGCUUCCUUCCAAUGUGCCUCAGACUAUCCAUGAUUCCUGGGUGAAGGUUUUGGCCUCCGGAGUUGUGGCAGCAUUACCGAUGGGUGUGUCAGUUCAGCGAAAGAGCGCUGGCAAAGCAGCUCCAUCGACAAUCCAGGCGAGAUUGGAUGAUUGGCUGGUCAGUGAAGAAGGCAAGAAAUGGCAGGUCCAGCGUCAACGCCUCUGGGCUCCUGGAAGCAAUGUGAAGGUCGGCGAGACCUAA